AUGUCCACGACAUUGGCCAAUGCCGGUGCGCGCGGGGCACCGCGGCGGGCGCCGGUAUCUGCUCCUGCGCAAACACACGCGACAAUCAGCGUCGAGCAGUGGGAGGCGCUGGCUCCGCUAGGCGACAUGCAGCUGAAGAGUGUCGCCGCCGUGAAAGCCGCUGUCGAGAAAUCGUCUAGCACGUUCAGAGUGCGUCUGGCAUUUUCGAUGCCUUCGUGUCGCUCACUUUGUUUCCAGUUCCCACAAAACGAGGCUCGUCCAUCCCGGCCAUCCACGCCGCUCGCCUCAUUGCCUUCAAAACUCCCAUCGUCCCGUCCAUCUACCCCAACUCCUUCUCCGCAAUCCCAGGUCUCACAUUUACACCCACCACACCCGAUUCGCACUCCAGAACAAUUCUAUGACUGGCACGCAUCUCUCGACCGCGCCGUUGCCCAUGGACAGGAGGCUCACUUCCGUGCCCAUCUCACUGCGCUCGCCCGGCACCUCGAAUUGUGCGAUCGGCUGACAGAGAGAGGGGAGGAGGUCGAUCAGGAUGUAACAAGGAUGAUGGAAGAGUGGAGACGCGUUGAGGAGGGAGGCGAGAGUAUGAAGGAGGCGUGCGAGAGGUUGUUGAAGGAACGGGAUGCCCUCCUCGAGCUGCAAGACGCGCUUGGCGCUCGGCUCGACUACUUCGCCGAGCUCGAGCACGCGACCCGCAUGCUCAACCAUCCGGGCGAGGCUCUCGUCCUUCAAACAGACUUUUUGUAUAUGGUCGAGCGUGUCGAUGUGUGCAUAGAGUUUCUGAAGGGUCAUCGCCAUUACAAGGAAGCAGACAUCUACCUUCUCCGUUUUGAGCAGUGCAUGACACGUGCUAUGACCCUCGUCAAAAUGUACGCCGUCGGUUCGCUUCGCGCGCUCGCGCAGGACGUCGCGAGGCGACUGAGUGAGAAUGACGUGUCCCCUACCGCCCAGUCUCACCUGCUCUACACACGUUUCGCAACCGUCGCUGCCACCUUGUCCCCGCUCCUCUCUGAGCUCGAGCGCCGCGCCGCGGCACACCCGGCAUCUCUGUCUGCCCUCCUUGAUGAGUGCCAUGCUGCAUACUUCAGCGCUCGGAGGAGCUUGUUGGUAGCUAGAAUCGCGGAGGAGGUGAAGGGACUGGAGCCUGGGAGGGCUGAGGUGGUCGAGUUGACACGAGCCGGAUGCAGCUAUCUCAAGCAGCUAUGCACCGACGAAUUCGAACUCCAUAGGUCGUUCUUCGCCUCGGGCGAGGACCAUCUCUACGCAUACCUCGAAACUCUAUGCGACUACCUCUACGAUGAUCUACGCCCACGUAUCCUCCACGAACAACGCAUCUCUGCGCUAUGUGAUGUGUGCACCGUCCUCCAGGCGCUGAUGGUACUCGACGCGCCCGCGCCUGAGAUUAGCACUGGAGUUGAUUCCGACGAGGAAGACGUCUUUUCGACCAACGCCGGAGUCUCCCGUGGCAAUGCAGGCACGCUGCACAUUAGCCGAUUGUUGCAGAUGGUGCUUCAGGAUGCGCAGACACGGCUGUUUUUCAAAGCGCAGGCGGUCAUCCAGAGCGAGAUCAGAUACUAUGUGCCCAAGACAGAGGACCUGGCAUAUCCCGAUAAAAUCGUUGGUAAGCGGCUCUAUCUCUCUCCUCUGGGGAAAGAGCGCGAGAGCGUGCGCCAGCUGUUUGGUGCUCAGAAUCAAACCUCGCUUGCCAGCCUCGAGCGUCGCGACACGUGGUUCCCGACACUCGAUACGACGGCACGCGUGCUUGCGCAGCUGCACGACUUUGUUCAGCCUGCAAUCUUCGAUGAUCUCGCGCAAGAAGCCAUUACACUUUGCCGACAUUCGCUUUGCGCUGCCGCUGAGAUGAUAGAGGCCAGAGCCACGGGUGCUGCGCUGGAUGCGCAUCUGUUCCUCAUACGCCACCUCCUCAUUCUCAAGGAGAUGACACGAAACCUCGCAUUCGGUGAGACAAGCCGAGACGAGGCGGGUGUCGGCGGACACGGUAUUAUGAUUGGGAGUUACGGUAUGACAGACACACUUGCGGCAAUGGUCUCGCGCACGACGUCGAUGCUACCUGAUUCGCUCGUCGCAUCGCUCGGUAUGCCGAGAGGAAAUGCAGACAUCCUGGACGCUAAGCAUGGCAUCGAUAUGGAACUUAAGCGCACGUGCGAAGGAGUCAUCGACAACCUUGCUGAGCCCCUCUGUACGCCACUACGAGAGUUCGUCGCGCAGGUCGACGCGCAUCAUAAUGCGGCUUUGGGCUCUACGAACACGAAGACUGGACCGGUGACUGCACAUUCUUGGGCACAGCAGGAGGUCGCAGAGAAACUUGAUGCAGACUUCCGCUCGCUCUGUGCACGCGAGCUCCGUGCGGGUGCAGCCCGCGUCGGGCUGUACCUUGAGGAUCGGCGCACGGCUGAUGUCCUGUUGUCGCAUGUGCGGGAACGCGCUGCGGAGGUGUAUUGUGAUUUUGCAGAUCUUGUCAGAAGCAUGUAUGCGGGCACACUGAAGGGACGCGUGCUCGAUGCAGUGAGGGUAAAUGAGGUACUGAGAGAGGCAACAGACGAGAGGGAGGAGUAAGCAAGGUCCAAAGUCGGCACUUGCAAUGUUUCUUAAAUAGGUCUCAACAUGAAUUCAUGUGGCCCAUAACGAUC